AUGAGUUCAGAGAACGAAGAUGGAAGGUCCCUGGAUAAGGGUUCUGAACAUUCAGAUGUUUCGAAGAAGCUGAAAUUAUCCUAUUCAAUAGAGUUCCUGAUGUCGUUGAGUAACUUGGACUCCUGCAAGAAGUUGCCCAGCGGGUUUGAGGAGUCACUGUCAAGUGAGGUGAAGGAUGCCUUGAUAGGAGUACCUGAUCGACCAAGAAUUCCGGGAACAUUUCAUGGUUUUAGAAGAAGUGAGUAUGGUGCGUCUCCACCUACUCGAGGGGACACUGGUACCUACUCUAGGGGCAUUCAUGGAAAAUGGGAUAGCCGUUCUUCUUUGAGGAGCGAUCGAGACAGUGAUUCCCAGUCUGACAAAGAUUCAGAUUCUGGGAGGCGCUUUGGCAAUCAAACUCGACGGACUUGGCAGAGUUCCGAACAUGAUGGACUACUCGGAAGUGGUUCAUUUCCAAGACCGUCCGGAUAUGCAGCUGGGGUUCCUGCUCCAAAAUUUCGGGCAAAUGAGCAUAGUCAGCUUAACAGGAGCAAUGAGCCAUAUCAUCCUCCACGCCCUUACAAGGCAGUACCUCAUUCAAGAAGAGACACCGACUCCCUCAAUGAUGAAACUUUUGGUUCCAUAGAGUGCACUAGUGAGGAUAGAGCAGAGGCGGAAAAGAGAAGAAGAGCCUCUUUUGAGACGAUGAGAAAGGAACAACAGAAGACCCUGCAGGAGAAGCAAAAAUUGAAUCUGGAGAAGCACAAAGGUAGUGUUAUCAUGGAUACCUGCAAAGACUUGGCAGACAGCAAAGAGGAAAAGGGACUUCUUGAAAGGAAUAAUGAGUUGGAGGUUUCGGAGGGAAUUCCCGUUUUGAGCAAUGACUUAGAUAAAUCUUCUUUUGCCUCGCACUCUCCUGCAUCUAGGCCACUAGUUCCCCCUGGUUUCAAAAGCAAUGCCAUCGAGAAUAGUUCUGGGCCAAAAUCUCUGGUGCAUCCUCCUUUGUCACAGGUGGGGAAAGCAGCAACUGUGGAAAGCCUUGAAGAGUCCAAUGCACAUAUUAUUCCAAGUACUAAUAGCAGCACUGGAAAAUGCUUAUCUCAACAGCUUAGAAUUGAUGGUGGACUGCCUGCAGAGAAGCUGCAUCCUGCACUUCCCUUGAACAAAGGGGAAAAUGCAAACCUACAUGUUAGUUUAGACGUGCCUACUAAGAAAUCGGGGAAGGAAGAUCAAUUGUUUCAAACUUUCUAUCAAGAUUCUCAUGCAACUCUAGGUGACCCUUUUAUUGCUGAACUGGAUGCUGGGAUACUGGGGGACAAAAAUGCUUCGGUUUCAAAAAGAAUUUCCUCGUCUUCAAUAUUGGAAAAGAUUCUUGGUAGCACGUUAUCCUUAGAAGAUAGUCAGUCUAAUUGUGUUGAGCAUUAUAAAGGUAAACCCAAAGAUACAUCGGGUACAUGGAGCCCCAAUUCAGCCAAGUCAUCAAAAUUUGCCCAGUGGUUUCUGGAAGAAGAAGCAAAUGCUACCGCAGAUGUCACAUCUUCAAUGCCAAAUGAUUUACUGUCACUAAUUGUCAGUGGCGAUAAAGCUAGUGGAUUAACUGAUCAAGGGUUUGACUUUCAGCUGCCAGACGAAAACUUAUACUCAGUUAACAGCUCAAGCAUUUCCUCAAAUGCAACCAUCAACAUAAAAGAGAAACUUGGCAUGGAGAGUACAGGAAGCCUUCCCUUCCCAUUAUUCAAUUCUUCUCACCAAAAGAUGGAUCCUGCAAUUUAUCGCAAUAUGCAGUUGCAGCAAUCUUCACCACGAUUUCAGCCUAGCCCACAAAUGCCUCAUGCAAGGCCCCUACCGUAUAAUCACGUGAAUUCUUCACAUCUUGCUUAUAUGGGCUCUCAGUCGAAGUUCUUGGACUCUGAUCCGAUUUUGAAUCACGAUCCUCUCGUGAAUACUCAAACUACUCCAAAUAUCAUUCGGCCUUCUUUUCAACACCCAAAUGUUAGGGUUGCGGGAUUUGAUAUUCCUCCCCAGAAUGCGUUGAUGCAUCAGAUGCAAAUGCCGGGCAGCCACACUCCGCAUUUCCCGAGAGGUUUUCCGGGACCACAGCAUGGUAACCAAGGAAAUGAGGUUUUCCAAGAUAUGAACCAAGCGCAAGGUUUUCCGUUUGGGUCCCACCAACCAAAUGCUGAUGGCCGUGGGAUGCCGAUAUCAGGCAACCAGCCCGAGGCUUUCCAGAGGCUAGUGGAAAUGGAACUGCGGGCAAACUCAAAGCAAACCCAUCCACGCGCCCCAAAUCAUAACCCGGACGUGAUGCGUGGUUAUGAGUUAGACAUGGGAUUCCGGUACAGAUAG